UGCACAGUCAGUUGUCCUGGGGGUCUUGUUUCAUUGCGGAUUCUGAUUCAGUAGGACUGAGGUGGGGACCCAAACUGUGCAUUUCCAACAAGCUCCCAUGUGCUGCUGAUACUUGUGGAUCCAUGGACCAUUUUCUAAGCAUCAAGGUCCUAGAAGAUAGCCAUGUUUUUCUGUCUUGAAUUGUCAGGUUGCUUUUAAAGGAUGUGUGUGGAUUAGCACAACCUUGGGGAUCACAGUCCUGUAGGUACUGUGCAUUUCAAGGGGAUUGGGGUGUCCUCAUUGACUCAGGGUACCAUGAGAUUUCAGAACUUCACGGCGGGGGGCAGGUGGAAAUCUCCUAGUAGAGGUAGAACGUUCUAGGUUUCACUGCGUCCUAGAGGAUCCUAGAGUCCUAUCUUUAAAGGGUUGGAAUGUCCUCGGGGAGUCAGAAUAUGCUUCCUAGAGCUAAGUAACGACCAGAAGCAGGGGACUGUGGGUGUCAGGGUGUCCCGACUGCUCAGGGAUUCUAAGGGUUUCCUUGAGCAAUCAGAACGUCAGCAUGUCAUGGGAAUCUCAGGGUCCUGCGGAGUCCUGAGGUCCAGGGGGAUCCGGAUGCACCUGGAAAUCAGAUGCUCUUGAGGGUCAGGGUUUUCUGAAGGUCUGGGUGACUUUGGAAGUUCACGGAGUCCUGGGGGUUUCGGGGUGACAUUUGGGGAAGGAAAGCAGAAAGAACUUGAGAACUGUGGUGUCCAGGCGACUCAUCCGAUGGUUCAGGUUGUCCUGAGGGGGUGUCCAGUGUAUUCUGAGAAUCAGGGUAUCAAGAAGGGGCCAGAACACACUUGUGUCUUUUAGUUUUUUAGUUUCCUGGAAGCAGGUCUUUGGGAAUCACCCACAUGCUGAGAUUCUAGGCAGGCCCUGCUCUGGCCCCCAUUUGCACCUCCUCACCCCCUCCUCCCAUGGGGGGUUCUGAGGAGGGGUCUCAGGAGGAAUGCAUUUUCUCCCCCUUCCCCUGCCUGCUCCCAGGAGGGGAUUUAACAGGACAAAAGAGUUUGGUCCUCUGGGAAUACGAGCUCUUGGCCCCAGUCCCUGGACCCUCCAGCAGAGCACCUCCCCGCAUCCGGCUUGUGGUCCUCCCCUAGGAAGGGGGCUCUGGUGACCAGACAAUGAUUGGAUGGGCCCACGGGGGCGAGGAGGAGGUCACUGUUCCAGGGGAGCGAGGUGGUGUGGGAUUGCAAGCUGGGGAAGUAGGCAGCUAAGAGCAAAGGGGGAGAAGGGCAUCCCAGAGAGAAGGGGCAGGGAGAGGAACGUAGAGACAAAGCCAGAGAAACGGGGUGAGGGCGAGACAGACGGACUGAGAUGAUACUCAAGCAGAGGAAUGGGGAAUUAGGAAAAAAUUAGAAAAAAGGAGCAGGAGAAAAAGAUAAAACUAUCUACACAGAGAGACGGGCUCGGAGACAGGUAUAAACAGAGGGAGAAGGAGUAAGGUAGGCACAGAGGGGAGAGAAACAGAAAGACGGUUCCAGAGUCAGGGACUCAGGGACACGGGACCGGCUGUCUGUGGUCUCUGUCAGCCAUGGAAGCGGAAGGGAGGAGUGAGCCGGGGAAGCAAAAGAAGGGGCGAGCCUGCAGCAGCCUCUGGCCCGAGAGCUGCCCGGCGGCUGGGACUCUCGCCUCCUCGGUGGAGAUGAGUGCUCGGCCCUACAGGAACCUGUCUGGUGCAGGAGCGGGGAGACCAAGGCCUUCCCCGCCAGGAGGACAGAGGGCUCGGCCGCACUCCCGGCGCCGCCACCGCACCACCUUCAGUCCAGCGCAGCUGGAACAGCUGGAGUCGGCCUUUGGGAGGAACCAGUACCCUGACAUUUGGGCCCGGGAAGGCCUCGCCCGGGACACAGGCCUCAGCGAGGCCAGAAUCCAGGUCUGGUUCCAGAACCGCAGAGCUAAGCAGAGGAAGCAAGAGCGGUCACUGCUCCAGCCACUGGCCCGUCUGUCUCCUGCCGCCUUCUCCGGUUUCUUGCCCGAGCCCCCGGCUUGCCCGUACCCCUACCCAACGCCGCCUCCACCAGUGGCCUGCUUCCCUCACCCCUACAACCAUGCCCUUCCCACUCAGCCCCCUACAGGGGGGUCCUUUGCUCGCGCCCACCAGUCUGAAGACUGGUUCCCUGCCUUGCACGCAACCCCUGCUGGUCAUCUGCCCUGCCCCCCACCCCCACCCAGGCUUCCCCUCAGCCUUGAGCCACCAAAGUCCUGGAACUAAGGGUAAACAAGUGCCGAUGAGGUAACUUCCCAGCCUCUAGCCUCGCAAAACACAGAGGAAACUGGGCGGCUUCCUUUCUUUCUGGGGGCAAAGUAGAAAGACGGUGAAGGGGCAUCUCAGACAUUGGGAAUGUUUAAAUGGGAGCUCAGGAUGAAAGCUCACUGAGGUGAUUCAUUGAGUGAAUUUAGGGAGGUGAAACUCCUUGGAAGAUACAGGUUAAAGGCCCCCAGUGGAGGUGGCCGGUGGAAGGGUGGGAAUGACGGAGGCAGUAGUUGCUGCUGGUAAACGGAAAUGGAACUUCGGGGGCUUCACUCAUGGACAUUACGAUGAAAGGUCUUCAUCCCCUGGGAUUUAAAGUCUACCUACCCAUCCAUUCCCCAUCACCCCAACUCGAACCAGCCAUUAACUUUUCUCCCUUCUCUCCUCGAAAGAGCUUUUGAAUUUCGUCCUCUCCUUUCCAUCCCAGCAGACACUUUGCUUUUUCUGGCCCCAUAUUUCCUAGUUAAUCCUCCUCCUUGGUUUCUUUAGCUCCAGUCCUUUCAACGACCAACAGACCUUGCAAAUCUGAUCAUCAUGGAAGGCUCUCCAAAUGUCUCAUAAACAAUAAAUAAAUAAUAUCUGAUUUGCUUGGCCUAUAAGAGUCUUCAGCAUUGCCGUCAACCUAACUUGUAAGUCAACUGUGUGCUUUAACACCCGUGAUUUUGUAAUCAAGCAAGAGCUCACGUGCCUGUGGCGCAGAAAGCCACACUCUGACAGCGGACUUCUGCAGUAAAGUGUUUAUGGCGGGGCACCAAGCAGUGGAGUGGGGGACAAGUCUCAGAUCCACUCCAACUUGGUCUUUGAGUUGGGGGUGUUUUUGAAGAGGAAGAGCAAAGAAGCUGGGAUUAAUCAUCCUCUUGUGACAUUUCUGAAUUGCAGUUUCUGAAAUCGGGAUGUCUCUGGCUUAUGAUUUCUGGCCAGGUGGUCCAUGGCUGGGGGAAUCUGAGAGCUCUUCUUGCCCUGGGGAAAUAACCUGAGUUUGCACAUUAAUGAUGAUAUCUCUAAUAGCAAUGCUAGUACAGCAACGAUGUUGUCAGCAACAG